CCAGUCAACGUUGUACUGCGCGUGGUGGGGUGGUGGUGGGCACGAGUGGGGUGCGCGUGUUUCAACAAGUAGAAACUUACACUUCUCAGAACUUUCAAGAUGUCUGAGAGAAAAGUCCUCAAUAAAUACUACCCGCCGGACUUCGAUCCGAGCAACAUCCCGCGGAGUAAGGUGGCCAGAAACAAGACGUUCACCGUCCGCCUCAUGGCCCCGUGCAACAUGAAGUGCAACACGUGUGGCGAGUACAUCGCCAAGGCCAAGAAGUUCAACGCGCGGAAGGAGGACGUGGACGACGAGAACUACCUGGGCUUGCGCAUCUACCGGUUCUACAUCAAGUGUCCCAUGUGCAUGGCCGAGAUAGUGUUCAAGACGGACCCGGAACACACCGAUUACAUCAUCGAGGCAGGCGCCACGCGCAACUUCCAGGCGCAGAUCCUGGCGGAGCGCCAGGCCAAGCGGGAGGCCGAGCAAGCUGAGGAGGAGGAGAAGUCCAACCCCAUGAAGAUGCUGGAGAACCGCACCAAGCAGUCACGGCACGAGAUGGACAUGAUCGAGAAGCUGGAGGAACUGAAGGACCUGAACCAGCGGCAGGCACACAUCGACUACGACAGCAUGCUGGCCCAGUACAGCCAACAGCAGGAGACGGAGCUUCAGCGCCAGGAGGUGGAGGAUGAAGAGUACAUCAAAUCCGUGUUCGGCAAGGACGGCGACAGCGCCGUGAAACGGGUCAAGGACAGCGACUCGGACAGUGACGAGGAGUUGCGGGCCAAGCUGCCCAAGCCGACCGAAAAGCCCACCGACCUGCUGGCCCCGCCCAAGAAGCCGGAGCCGGCGGCCGAGAAGAAGUCGUGGGAGCGUAGUCUGGGUAGUCUGGGCGGCUCCCGGCUCGCUGGUCUGCUGGUCCGGCCCUCCUCCAAACCAGCAGCCAUCCCGGGGAGACCGAUCCCGGCCGGGGCAGGCGCCAGCGGGACCGGAACGAACGGGACGCCGGGCGCCAGCCGAACCGGAACGAACGGGACGCCGGGCGCCAGCCGGACCGGGACGAACGGGACACUGGCUUCAAGUGCGACACCCGUCCCGAGCGGAACGCCGGUCCCGAAUGGGACGCCUGCGGGAGGGGCAAACGGAGCGGGGGAGAGCGGGGCGGAGCGGGGCCAGGCCGACGCUGGUGGAGGCGCCGCCGCCGUGUCGGGCCUGGGUCUGCUCGGCGCCUACUCGGACAGUGAGAGUGACUAAGGGAGUGCGGUCGGAGUGGCGGACUGGUCUGGGGUGCGUGAGUGGCCGACGUCUGCAGGAUGUGGAUGGGAUGAAUGGUGAGGGAGGGAAGUCGACGGCAGAACAAAGGAACGCCACUGGCUCUUCGUCGCAAGUGUGUGAAAUGAACGCUAGUGUGAAGUACCUGCCGUACCGCUGUUUGUGGAUGCGCGGUGAAAGCAUGCAAUAGGUUUCUAUUGCGAUAUGAAUAGCGUUUUCAUUGCGAUGUGAACGUAUUGUAAGCAUAGUGCUGGCGGUUUUUCUAUCGCAGUGAAGUGUUCCCGACUCCUGCAUGUUGUAUUCAUUCCGCAAGGCGGGCUCAUUUGCGCAACAUGUUUUCAUGUAUCAUCAGCUGCCAAGACGGGCAGCGCAAUGCAACGCAGUAGUCAAACAUUUGAUAUGGAGAGGGUCAAGGGCGCCGUACUACGUGGCCCAGUGUGGAGGCCCUUCUGCGUCUCGCGGGUGGCCGCGGCCUGUUCAGUUUCCCGACGCAGCCUUAUCUACAGAAGGCGAGCGACUUGUGCUACACAGUGCUGCAGGUGCUUACGGUCUCGUGCCCGUGCACAGUGUAAGUACAGAUCCGACAGCCUGGCUGCCGUGCGGUCCUGAAGAUUGGUACGGUAUUGCGUGCCUUCUACAGAGCGUCGAAGCGCAGUUCUGCCAAUCCGUACCGGUGACUGUAUGUGUACCUGAAUCCGAUAUCACUAGUUGUUUGCUGGUGCACUAAGCUCAGGCCACGUUAUAUUGCUGCAAAAAACGGGGCUGAUGGCAAUCCAAGGUUCACGUUAACUCCAGAGAUACCCGAAUCCUUGUCGAUCGCGCGAACUAUGGCCUAGUGGGCGAUCCUGCCGCCACUUGGCUUGGCCAGCACCCAGCGAUAAGUAGAACAAACUUUUUUUUCGUUCCGAUAGCUUCCUGGCCGAUAAACAUCGAAGGAAGCAUACACAGUAAGACGGUGUGAGAUCACCCGUGUGAUGCUGGUGCUGGCGCUUGCUGUCCAAAGAUGCUCGAGGAUCGUCUCCGGGAGUGCACUAGUGUCCAAAUGAAUAUCACCAGUAAGUGAACACCAUGAGGAGCAAUUCGGCGACCAACGCGGCGUUGAUUGGUGACGUCAGAGAGAUAUUUGCAUGACAAUGCCAAAUGUGCUUCGGGCAACGCGAUCGGUGCACAAGUGGCUAGCUUUUUCGUAAAUGCGGGUCCAAAGAACGUCGGUUUCCCGAUACGGCGUCACUUUUGGUUGGCGAGGAUCUGCUGUACAGUAGAGCGGUUUGAUGAAACCUGGGAGUAUGCACAGCCACGGGUCCGCGAUAGGGCCUCGCGUGUGCGGGCGGCGCUGUGCUGCACUGAGGCAGUUUGUCAGCGCAUCAGCGACAGCAAGUAGUGACGCAUCUGUCGCCAUGACGUGAAUCAAUGGGCAGGUGAAAGGGGUGGCAGGGUGAUAUAUGCGAGAACGGUUUCCGAUAACGGCGGGCGGAAGAUGGGGUUAAGCUCAGGUGUAAGGUGUGGGUUUGGAGCUGUCUUCGCCAGUAAUGUGAUCGGCCCCCGCCUUGCGUAAAUCAACGGGAGAAAAUUCCACGCUAAACGACCUGAUCUCUCGAGCGUUUCGUUAAACCCCAAUGGUAAGAGAGGUAAGGUUCAGGACAAAGAACUACAAUCAAGAGGUCGUCGGCCACAGGCGCCGAGCCCGAUUGGUUGGACAAUCUGCUGCGUCUCAGUAAGAGGGGUAGCAAACCAAUCUGUAGGUCAGUCCUUUCCAUGCGUCACAGUAACAUUAAUGGCCAGCAUUCUCUCUCGACAAUGGCCUCGCAUAUGGCUUCGAGGGUUGGCAAGUGGCACGGGUAAAGCACGGUGGAUGUAACAUUGUACGAGUUGCGGUUGUUGCCGUCAUUUCGCUGCCCUCGCCAAAUCCAGUGACAUUGUUCGGGUAGCUAGCUAUCACUCGUUUGACGAAAUCUCGAGAACGAGAUCGUCUAGUCGUAGAACGAAAACAGGCGCACAAGGACCGCUUGUGCCCAUAGUCCGUGUUUUGCAGGCAGGCGGUUUAAGGCCACCGCGGCACAGUCUGUGGGAGCUUACAACUCUGACUCACCCUUACAGGCAAUCGGGCUGCGUCCCACAGGCGGAAAACGCGUAAUUCCGCGAGAUGCUGCAUCCAAUUUGGUCUACUUUUACGGUUGCGGGAGUUUUCCCAGAACACGUUUGCGCUGCGUACCCGUACCAUGGCGUUGACGCACUCACUGAGAAUGAUGGCGCUCGCAGACAUGCUGAGUUCCGAUGAGGUGGCGCGUCUCUGGGACGAGAGCACCCUAGGAUUGUUUCCGUUAUCUCCAGUCCAGCGCGUGCCUGACGCUGCUGCUACAUGCAGCAGGCACGUAUGGGCUGUGUACACUUGCUUACAUGCAACUAGCUUAUCGCGUCACGGAACAAGACUUGGUGUCCAUGACAAAUGAGGCACAGACUGUCCUGGUGCGACUGACGCCAGGCACCCGUGUUUGUCCAGACCACAAAGAGCGAGAAAAAAAGCCGGUGCCAACCACACACGCUUUCGGAUCGGUCGUAGGCUGUGGUCUAGGCGAAGUGGAUUCCUGCCAAGACCAUUCUUAA